UGAGGGUUGUAAUCGGUCACGUGAACCGCGCAGGUCUGGAUAAAGCGCUGCUCGGGACUACACGGUUUAUUCGGAUUCGUCCAACCCACUGUGAAUUAUUAUUAUUUUUUUAAAUAUAACAAAUUUGAACAGAGAGAGCGAGAGAGGGAAACAAAAUUUUAGCAAAAACACUGAGCACUAAUAUUUCCCUCCAGCAGAAGUCUGGCUUUUACAUCGACGUGGGUUCAUAUUCGUCAGAUCAUCUUAUCGUCGCGAUUCUGAGAUCCCACAGUGUGGGAAUGGGAAAUGAUGGAGGAUAAAGGGCCUCGUGUAGCCGACUACUUUGUGGUUGCUGGCCUCACCGACUUGUCCAAGCCUCUUGAGGAGGAGCUCCACUUUGAUGACGUUGGUCCCAAGUCUGUGAAACCCAAAGCCCCAAUCACCGACGUAGCUGUUGUGAUCCGCUCCCUGGGUGAAGAGGUGCCCCCCGGUUUCACCUGUGUGGAAAGCACCCCCUCAGGCCUCUCUGCAGAGCUCAAUGGAGCCAGCCUCAGAGGCCCACAGAUCUUCUUGUGUUUUAAGCGAGGCAGAGAUAAGCCUCCACUGACAGAUCUUGGGAUUCUGUAUGAGUGGAAAGAGAAGCUGAAGCCCGGAUGUCACAUUGUCCAGACCACACCCUCGGGUCGCCCUGCCAACAUCAGCAACUCUUCAUCCCAACGCAUCUACAUCACCUACCGCCGUGCCCCGAAGAGCCAGCCUCACACGUCAUUGGCUGUCACUGAUGUCUGCAUCAUCGUCCCCGGCAAGGGAGAGACUCCCCCUCAUACCUUCUGCAAGGUGGACAAGAACCUCAACAGCAGCAUGUGGGGAUCCUCGGUGUACCUGUGUUAUAAGAAGUCUCUGGCUAAAGCUAACACAAUUGCAUACAAAGCAGGUCUGCUGUGUAGGUACCCUGAAGAGGACUAUGAGUCCUUCCCACUCCCUGAGUCAGUGCCUAUGUUCUGCCUGCCCAUGGGGGCUACGAUUGAGUGCUGGCCAGCUCACACCAAACACUCCCUGCCUGUUUUUUCCACAUUUGUCCUGACAGGAGCCUCUGGAGAAAAGGUAUAUGGAGCAGCCAUCCAGUUCUAUGAGCCUUACUCAGAGGAGAGCCUGUCUGAUCGUCAGCGCUCACAGCUCGGCUUGCCAAGCUCUGAUCUCGGACCUGAUGGGACCAGGAGUGUUUACAGCAACAAGAGCAUCUGUCUGCUCUCCCAUUGGCCCUUCUUCCAGUCCUUCAGGAGCUUUCUGACAUUCCUCUACCGAUACUCCAUCUCUGGACCACAUGCCCUGCCUAUUGAAAAGCACAUCUCUCACUUCAUGCAAACUGUGCCAUUUCCUUCCACUCAGAGACCACGUAUCCUCGUGCAGCUGUCUCCACAUGACAGUCUGUUGCUGAGCCAACCCGUGUCCUCUCCACUGCCUCUCAGUGGUGGAAGCCUCUCCACGUUACUACUGAAUCUGGGCCCAAAGAACGCGGCCACUCUGCUGGUGCUGGCUGUCACAGAGCACAAGAUCCUGGUUCAUUCUCUGCGUCCGGCUGUGCUCACCAGUGUGACGGAGGCCCUGGUGUCUAUGAUCUUCCCCUUCCACUGGCCAUGCCCUUACAUCCCUCUUUGCCCGCUGGCUCUGGCCGAUGUGCUAAGUGCACCAUGCCCUUUCAUUGUGGGUGUAGACUCCAGAUACUUUGACCUUUAUGUGCCCCCAGCUGACAUCAGCUGUGUGGAUCUGGACACCAACACUAUCUCCCAAAAAGACGACAAGAAGGCUUUAACAUGGAAAAUUUUGCCCAGGAGAGCCUGCAAACAUCUUCUGAACACACUGAAUAAGCUCUAUCAGCAGCUCACCGAGGGUGGUCAGCUGAACCGUGAUGAUGUGCAGACGGAGCACACAGUAACUGACAGUGAGCUCAGUGGUGGGAAAAGCCUCCACACUCUGGAGCUGGAGAUCCAGGAGGCCUUCCUGCGCUUCAUGGCGGCCAUUCUACGAGGCUACCGCUCCUACCUGCUACCCAUCACCCAAGCUCCCUCUGAGAAGACCACCGAUGCCAGCUCUCUCUUCGACCUCCAAGGCUUCCUGAAAAGCCGGGACCGCUCCCACCAGAGGUUUUACUCCCUCAUGAUCAAGACUCAAAUGUUCAGCCGGUUCAUAGAGGAGUGCUCAUUUGUCAGUGAUAAAGAUGCCAGCCUGGCUUUCUUUGAUGAGUGUGUUGAUAAGCUUUUCACCACUGGAGGCAAGAUGGACAGUGAACGGCCAGAGGAAACCAGACUGAUCGAACUGGAUGAGUCCCACCGCAGUGAGCAUACAGUCUACGUCAACCCUCCAGAGCUGCCUCCACUGCCAGAGGGAGAAGAGCAUCCUCUGUGCUAUAGCUACAGUGGGUUUCCUGUGCUGAAUGCUGAGCUUUUGCAGCCACUAGAAGGACCAAAUCCUCCAUCAGCAGGCGUGGCCUCACGCCACAGCAGCCCAGCCAGCCCUACGGCCAUCUUUAGACGCUCUAAACAGGAGAUCAAAUCAGCUCAAAGGAUGGCCAAAACGUAUUCAUCUAUGCCUCAGAUGUGGUCCAAGUGUCUGCUGCGCCACUGCUAUGGCCUGUGGUUCAUCUGUUUACCAGGCUUUGUUGGCUCCUGCCACUCUAAAGUCCGGGCUCUGCGUACAGCUUACGAUGUGCUGAGGAAGAUGCAGGACAAGAAGUUGCAGGCUCCAGAUGAGGUGUGUUACCGUGUGUUGCUGCAGCUGUGUGGACAGUACAGCCAGCCAGUCCUGGCUGUCAGGGUGUUGUUUGAGAUGAAGAAAGCUGGCGUUCAACCCAAUGCUAUCACCUAUGGUUACUACAACAAGGCGGUGUUGGAGAGCACCUGGCCCUCGACCACCCGAGGAGGCUACUUUCUGUGGGGAAAGCUGAGGAACGUGAUCCUGGGUGUGCUCCAGUUCAAACAAGUAGGAAAGAAACAACCAACUCUGCACAGAGAUCCUCAGCUUUCAGAUGGCAGCGAUCUUGACACAGUCAGUCAUGGCAGUUUGGACAGCGCUAAUGACUCUGUUGAGCGCACCUCUAUCGACACUGACUUCACUAAAAUGGACUCCAGUGAUGAUGGAUUUAGUACAGGGGGGCAGUCGGAUCAAGGCUACGAUUCGCUGUCCAAGGAGGAGGAGAGGAUGUGCAGCAGAGAGAGUGACAACGUGACACUGGUGGACGACAAAGGCCCAAGGCAGUCCACACCUGAAACUGAAGUUCCAAUCAGCAGCACCUCUCCUCCUACUCAAAUCUGCAAAUCGACAGAUGUCCGCACAGGCAGUGGCGGCAGGUUGGUUUCCAGUCCAUCCAGUGACAACGCUCUGUGUGGAAUUCUUCCAAAGUCAGAGAGGCCAAAAUCUCUGGACUUGUCUGGUGGACAAGGAAGUCUGAGGCUCACUGUCCCUCACCUCAGCUCCACAAAGCAGCAUCACCUAGCUGCUGACAGACUGCAUGGUGUAGAAGAAGAGGAGAUAGAGACUGAUAAACAGAAACCUCAGGUGAUGAAAAGUGUCAGCUGCAGUGCUGGGACUGUGAGGAGAACAGAUAUUGAGAUGGGGUUUGAUCCUCUGUCACUGAUGACAACAGAUAUGGUACAAGAUUGCGAUCGGGAGAACAGCAGCGCAGCCACGGUGCGUCGCGACCUCGCUGAAGAGAUCGAGAUGUACAUGAAUAAUGGCAACAGCCCUCUGAGCAGCCGCACACCCAGCACGGACCUGCAGAACCCCUCAAGCCCCUUGUUUCGCUCUGCCUCGUCUCCUCACACCUCGCCACGACCCUCCACUCUGUUCCGUUCCAGCACACACCUCCCACUGCCUGUCAAAUCCAAGGAGAGGCUGAGGUCAUCACCGUCUCUGCCUCUGAAUGUCUCCAAUAAAGACAGGGAGAGGCCUUCCUCCUUGGUGUCACCCUCAUCACCUACUCCCUCCACCUCAUCGUUCUCCAUGGACUCUCUUUUCACACCAACUCUGGACGUCUUCAAGAGCAGCGUCAUAUCAGCAGGGAAGGGCGUGGCUGAAAAGGCCAGCCGCCUCUACUCUCGUCUGUCCUCCCAGACUUCAUUAACACAGGAUACAAACUGUGACCGGAUUAGCGUAUCCUCACUGACCUCAGGAGAGGCAGACUGCUCUUCGCUGCUGGAUAAUGAUGCCUGUCUGGACCCAGAUGGCUUUACCUCCCCCCAGCACAGCAGCAUGUCCAGACUCAGGAAAAGUCCGGUUGUGGGUCAUACCAGCCAGGGCAGCCCCAGUACCCCCAACAGAGUAUUCAGACACAACUCCUUCUCUGGUGGUUUGGCACUUCCCUCUAAAACUCCUCACACUCCAGAUUUCUCCCCCGACACCAGCCGCUUCCAACCCACUCCCAAUUACACCAUAGAGGUGCUGAUGUCCAGCUCUUCGCUCUGUAAGACCUGUGAUUGUCUCGUGUAUGAUGAGGAGAUCAUGGCUGGCUGGACAGCAAAUGACUCCAACCUCAACAGUACUUGUCCGUUUUGCGGCACGGCCUUCCUGCCUUUCCUCAAUGUGGAAAUCAAAGACCUGAGACCACUGAGCAGGUCUGCUAAGGAAAGUAAUCCUGUUACAGAGGAGGACAUGUUGGCGUCACUCAAUCCCGAGGCCAAAAUGUCUGCAGCAGACUGUGCAGCGCAGUCAUCUGCAGCUCCCCCGCGGAAGCAGGAGAGCAGUGGGAGUUGCAGGCCAUCUGCACCAGCCUCAGCUCCAGUGACGGUGCCCUACCUGAGCCCUUUGGUGCUGUGGAAGGAGCUGGAGAGCCUGCUGGUGAAUGAGGGCGACCAAGCCCUCUCCUCCCCGAGUGUUGUCGACCAACACCCCAUUGUCUUCUGGAACCUGGUGUGGUACUUCAGAAGGCUGGAACUGCCGAGUAACCUGCCAGCUCUUAUCUUGGCCUCCCAGCACUGCAGCCGCGGAGACCAGACUCCUCAGAACGUCUCAUCUGAGGACAGUAAGCUGGUGCUUGUGAGAAAUAUGUGGGACAACCUGAAGUUGCACCAAGACAAAGUUCAACCCUGCUAUGUCCUGUGGAACACACAUUGUGCCACCUCCCUUGUUCGCUCCGGGCUGUGUGAAGAAGGCCAGCUCUUCACCGUGGAGCUACUGCAGGGUUUUGUGAGGAGCAUUAAGAAGAGUGAUGUCUAUCAGCCCAUGAGCCAGAUCAUCCAGCUGCUGGGGCCAGAGCUGGGUUUUAAAAGACAGAGGAGCCUGUACCGGGACUUAUUGUUCCUCACUCUGGUGGCUUUGGGCAAGAACAACAUUAACAUCAAUGCUUUUGACCGGGAGUACAAGUUGGCAUACGAUCGCCUCACACCCAGUCAGGUUAAACUGACACACAACUGUGACCGGCCCCCUGGAGCAGGGGUCAUGGAGUGCAGGAAAACUUUUGGGGAACCAAGUCUAUGAACUACUUCUCUUUUUCUGUCUCAAAAUGUUUUUCCUUCAGCCACGAUCACUGCUGCUAUUUUUUUUUUCUGGACUGCUCAAGAGAUUCAUGACCAGAAUGGAGCACAGAGCUCUUGAGCCCAGAGGGAAAAUUAGAUCUAAUGUGAAGCAACUGCCAUGAGUUUCUUGUAUACUGUUAGAGCUGAGAGGUGUAGAGUGACAGACGUAGUGUUUGUAAAUAUUUAGAAGGUCCAUUGUAUUUUCAGUAUAACUACAGUAAAAUGUUUGUACAGUUAUUAUACAGUCUAUUUUAUGACUUUGGUCCUGUUAAAGCUUUGAGUACAUAUGUACAAGUAAGUGUGUGACUACGUUGUUUAAAUUCAGAAGUGGUCCUGGUGACCUUGUUUAGACUGUUGUUGAGUGUGUGUGUAUAAGUACUUGCUGUAUAAGUACUUGUUUUUGAACCUUCAUGUUUUUACAAAGCACUUUGGCAAGAUGAGCUCAUACCAUUCAUUCUCAUUUACGUAAGACUGUGACCCAGCAGCCUACGCUUAAGUGACUUUUUAUUUGACAGCUGCAGGGCUUUCUGUUCUGUCUAAUACUUCCAUUACCCACAGUUAACAAAAGCAAAGAAAUUCAUUCUCAUCUUCACCCUGUACACCCAGCAGGGACAUAUUCCUACGUCUGAAUACACUAAACUAGAUGAUAACAUCAAAAAAUUAUAAAACACAAUAUUAUUUCCGAAUCAAGAAGGGAACAGUCAGUUUGCGUAUGCACAAUAUUUGUUUUUGUACAAUGUACCAAAAGAACCCAAAAGGGAUUUUUGUGAUUUAUUUACAAUUUUUUAAGCAAUACCUUUUGAAAAGUGAGGGUUGAAUAAUUGAUGUUAGAUGGGACCAUUAAAGAUAGAUUUCCUUUAUAACAGUACAAUCAAACAAAUAAAAACUGAAAAUAAACAUGUUCUGUUGGUUUAAUCGACACAAAUGUUUUGAUAAAGAAAUUAAUUUAUUGACACUUUAAUGGAUCUAUAAAAAUGUACAGAGUAUUCGAUUUUAGUAUUUUGUAUAUGUCCUUCCAGUCUUCACUGUAUAGUGUAGAUUUCAGUUUAGAUGUUUGGACAACAGCGCACUGCUUUAUGUGACAUAUGGAGCUUAAACAUUUUACAUCUUUUUUGAUAGACGGCAGCGCAUACAUUGAGUAUAUUAUGUAUUACAGGAGUUAAGUUGGAACAAUAGCUCUGAUUUGUCCUAAAUUUAAAAUCACUUCCAAAAAUGAGUGUGAUGGUUCACUGUGUUUACGUUGUUUUUCACCUUGAACUGACAAAAAACAAACAGCCUGCCUAAAUGUGAUGCAGCUCCACAGCUUAUUACUGGACCUCACCAUAAUAACUUAUGAUAAUAUGAUGCUGGAUUAGACAAGGCUGUGUGCUUGGAAUAAACACCAGCCUUACAGUAUGUACAGUUAGGUUUUAAUCACCUUGUAAGUUGUGACUAAAAAAAAACAACAACAACAAAAAAAAAACAACACUGAUGACCAAAACGUUAUUUGAUGUCUACAUGUUGUUUACACAAUUUGUCAAUUUUAACAAUGUUUAUGAAGUAUUAUUUAUCAUUUGUAACACAGAUACUAAUUUGUAUGAUUUUUUUAUAUAAAAAAAAAGAAAUCAAAUGUAUUUCCUGGCUGGAUCUAUAGUUUGCUUUCAUUUAUGAAUAAACACGUUUAUUCUGUGGA